AUGGCUAGUGAAACUUUUGAAUUUCAAGCUGAAAUUACUCAGUUAAUGAGUUUAAUCAUUAACACUGUCUAUUCCAACAAAGAAAUUUUCUUAAGAGAAUUGAUCUCUAAUGCCUCCGAUGCCUUAGAUAAAAUUAGAUACAAGGCUUUAAGUGAUCCAAAACAAUUAGAAACUGAACCAGAGUUGUUCAUUAGAAUUACUCCAAAACCAGAAGACAAAAUCUUAGAAAUUAGAGAUUCUGGUAUUGGUAUGACCAAGGCUGAAUUAAUCAACAACUUGGGUACUAUCGCUAAGUCUGGUACUAAAGCUUUCAUGGAAGCCUUAUCUGCUGGUGCCGAUGUUUCCAUGAUCGGUCAAUUCGGUGUCGGUUUCUACUCUUUAUUCUUAGUCGCUGAUAGAGUUCAAGUCAUUUCCAAGAACAAUGACGAUGAACAAUACAUCUGGGAAUCUAACGCUGGUGGUUCUUUCACUGUCACUUUGGAUGAAGUCAACGAAAGAAUCGGUAGAGGUUCUAUCAUUAGAUUAUUCUUAAAGGAAGACCAACUAGAAUACUUAGAAGAAAAAAGAAUUAAGGAAGUCGUUAAGAGACAUUCUGAAUUCGUCGCUUAUCCAAUCCAAUUAUUAGUCACUAAGGAAGUUGAAAAGGAGGUUCCAAUCGUGGAAGAUGAAGAAGAAAAGAAAGAUGAAAAGGAAGACGACAAAAAACCAAAAUUAGAAGAAGUCAACGAAGAUGAAGAAGAAAAGAAGGACGAAAAAAAGACCAAGAAAGUUAAGGAACAAGUCCAAGAACUAGAAGAAUUAAACAAGACUAAGCCAUUAUGGACAAGAAACCCAUCUGAAAUUACCCAAGAGGAAUACAACGCUUUCUACAAGUCCAUCUCCAACGACUGGGAAGACCCAUUAUACGUCAAACACUUCUCCGUUGAAGGUCAAUUAGAAUUCAGAGCCAUCUUAUUCAUUCCAAAGAGAGCUCCAAUGGAUCUAUUUGAAACUAAGAAGAAGAAGAACAACAUUAAGUUAUAUGUCCGUCGUGUUUUCAUCACUGAUGAAGCUGAAGACUUGAUUCCAGAAUGGUUAUCCUUCGUUAGAGGUGUUGUUGAUUCCGAAGAUUUACCAUUAAACUUAUCCAGAGAAAUGUUACAACAAAACAAGAUCAUGAAGGUCAUCAAGAAGAACAUCAUCAAGAAGUUAAUUGAAUCCUUCAAUGAAAUUGCUGAAGAUUCCGAACAAUUCGACAAAUUCUACUCUGCCUUCUCUAAAAACAUCAAGUUGGGUAUCCAUGAAGAUGCUCAAAACAGAGCUGCUUUGGCUAAGUUAUUAAGAUACUACUCCACUAAGUCUACUGAUGAAAUGACUUCCUUAGGUGACUAUGUUACUAGAAUGCCAGAACAUCAAAAGAACAUCUACUUCAUCACUGGUGAAUCCAUAAAGGCUGUUGAAAAAUCCCCAUUCUUAGAUGCUUUGAAGGCUAAGGACUUUGAAGUCUUAUUCUUAGUUGACCCAAUUGACGAAUAUGCCUUCACUCAAUUAAAGGAAUUCGAAGGUAAGACUUUAGUCGAUAUUACCAAGGACUUUGAAUUGGAAGAAACUGAAGAAGAAAAGGCUGAAAGAGAAAAGGAAAUCAAGGAAUUCGAACCAUUAACCAAGGCCUUGAAGGAAAUCUUAGGUGACCAAGUCGAAAAGGUCGUUGUUUCUUACAAGUUGGUCGAUGCUCCAGCCGCUAUUAGAACUGGUCAAUUCGGUUGGUCUGCUAACAUGGAAAGAAUUAUGAAAGCUCAAGCUUUAAGGGACACUACUAUGUCUGCAUACAUGUCCUCUAAGAAGACUUUCGAAAUCUCUCCAAAAUCCCCAAUUAUUAAGGAAUUAAAGAAGAGAGUCGAAGAAGGUGGUGCUCAAGAUAAGACUGUUAAGGACUUGACCAACUUGUUGUACGAAACUGCUCUAUUAACCUCUGGAUUCACUCUAGAUGAGCCAACUUCUUUUGCUGCUAGAAUUAACAGAUUAAUUUCCCUAGGUUUGAAUAUUGACGAUGAAGAAGAAGAAACUCAAGAUGCUGAAGCUGCUCCAGAAAAGCCAUCUGAAGAAGUCAGUGCUGACACUGAAAUGGAAGAAGUUGACUAA